AUACGUCACUUCCUGGUUCAUGUGUAUCAAAGAUGGCGGUGCCCAAGAAACAGCAUGCGAACCAGCCCUGUGUUAUCCCUGGAGGAUUUACAGUUAUAGACAUACAGUUCACACAGAACAGCCCAGCUGCACACCAGUUGUUGGUAAAAGAACAUAAAGUUCGAGUUGAAAAAACAGCCAGCAGACCCUUGGACAGAACCUUAUUUGUCCUCAACAUCCCACCAUACUGCACAGAGGAGAUCAUAACGCGGCUUUUCUCCCGGUUUGGAGAUAUUGAAUCCGUGGAGCUGAAGGAUAAACCGAGCAAUCCUGAGCCAGCUGAGCCCAAACUUUCAAAACAUUUCACACCCAAACAAAAACAGGGAUUUUCAGUUGGGUACAUCGUUUACAAGAAGCCAUCAGGUGUGACAACAGCCAAAGCCCACCCUCAAGAUGUACCUUUAAUAGUUUCCACUGAGGAAAAUCCAGUUAAAACAGGUCUACAGAAAUGGAUACACCAGUACAGCCGGUCACUUGUCUCACCAGACACACUUCAGCAAGCAGUUGAUUCCUUUAUGAAUGACUAUGAUCAGAGGAAAGAAGAGGAAGCGGAGAGGAAGAAGAAGGAGGCAGAGGAGCAGGAGGAGGAUGAAGAGGGUUGGGUCAAAGUGACCAAAGGUGCCAAGGGCACCAAGGCGCGCCCUCACAGCGAGGCAGCGGACAAGCGGGCUCUGGAGAAAGAGGGCAAGAAGACCAAGAGGAAGGAGCUGAUUAACUUCUACAGCUGGCAGCACAGACAGUCGCAGAGAGACCAUAUUGCUGAACUUCGAAAGAAGUUUGAAGAGGAUAAACAAAAGAUUGCAUUGCUUAGAGCUCAGAGGAAGUUCAGACCAUAUUAAUGCCGUCAUUCCUUUUUCUAUUGACCUGCAAUACAUAUUCAUCUUUUGUUAACACUCUCUGAACAGUUUUAUGUCUAUAUUUCUAAUUAAAAAUGUGUUCCACGUGUCCUCUA